CCUGAUCAUAGUCGCUUGUCAGGUUCUGUUCAUCGGUGCAUCAUUUCAGUCUGCGCUUGUCUUGGAUAUGGCUAAAAUUCUGCUUGACAACUAUUGCUUCCCAGAGAAUCUAGUCGGUAUGCAGGAGGCAAUCCAACAGGCUAUAAGCAGCGGAGAGAUCCUACACAUCUCCGAUCGGAAAACACUGGCAUCAGUCCUGACUGCGGGCGUUCAGGGUGCACUCAAUGACCCCAGACUGAGUGUGUCUUACGAGCCUAAUUAUACUCCGAUCACGCCACCUGCACUUCAGUCGCUGCCUACUGAACAGCUGAUACGGCUAAUCAGGAACACGGUUAAACUGGAGGUGAUGGAUAACAAUGUUGGCUACCUGAGGAUUGACCGUAUUAUAGGUCAGGAGACUGUGUCAAAACUGGGACGCCUCCUUCACGACAACAUCUGGAAGAAGGUUGCGCAUACGUCAGCGAUGAUCUUUGAUCUCCGUUUCAGCACAGCGGGAGAGCUCUCCGGUCUCCCAUACAUUGUUUCCUAUUUUUCCGACUCUGAACCACUUUUGCACAUCGACACAAUCUAUGAGCGACCCACUAACGCCACGAAGGAGCUGUGGACGAUGCCGACCCUCCUGGGGGAACGAUAUGGGAAAAGAAAAGAGCUGAUCGUUUUAAUCAGCAAGCGCACCAUUGGUGCGGCUGAAGCGGUUGCCUACAUCUUAAAACAUCUCAAAAGAGCUGUCGUUGUUGGAGAAAGGUCGGCCGGAGGCUCUGUUAAGGUUGACAAGUUAAGCGUUGGGGACUCUGGGUUUUAUAUCACGGUCCCGGUUGCUAGAUCUGUGAACCCUGUAACAGGACAGAGCUGGGAAGUGAACGGGGUUUCGCCAUCCGUCACAGUCAACCCGAAGGAAGGAGUUGCCAAAGCCAAGUCCCUCAUUGCCAUCAGGAAAGCACUACCGAAAGCAGUUAAAAGAGUGUCAGACAUCAUUAAGCGAUUUUAUUCGUUUAAAGAUAAAAUCCCUGCUUUGCUAAAUCAGCUCGCUAAAACAGACUUUUUCACAGUGGUUUCUGAGGAGGACUUGGCGGCGAAACUUAAUUAUGAGCUGCAGACCGUCUUUGAAGACCCUCGUUUAAAUAUCAAGACAAUGCAAGGGUUGUCUAACAAUGGCCUGGAUGCAACACCAGAAGACCAUUCAUCUUUUGAUAAUCUUAUUGAUCCAUUAUUCAAGUUGGAAAUUCUCUCGGGAAACAAUGGAUAUCUGCGUUUUGACAGGUUCCCAACACCCACCAUUUUGAUAGGACUAGAGGAUCGAAUCAAAGAGAAGGUCUGGCAACCUGUCAAAGACACGGAGAACUUGGUCAUCGAUCUGCGCUAUAACACCGGCGGAUCCACCGAGGCCUUGCCAAUUCUGCUUUCCUACAUGUUCGACAUCUCAUCAAACACUCACCUCUUUUCGAUCUACGACAGCAUCCGGAACAUGACCGCUGAUUUCCACACCCUCCGUAACAUCAGCGGGCCUUCCUAUGGUUCUAGAAAGGGUAUUUAUAUUUUGACAAGCUAUUACACAGCAGAAGCUGGAGAAGAGUUCGCUUACCUGAUGCAGUCCUUGCACCGAGGCACUGUUAUAGGGGAAAUCACCUCUGGAACACUCCUUCACUCCAAAACUUUUCAAGUUGAAGAAACGAACCUUGCCAUCACUGUCCCCAUCAUAAAUUUCAUUGAUAUAAAUGGGGAAUGUUGGCUUGGAGGCGGUGUGGUUCCCGAUGCCAUCGUGCUUGCUGAAGAUGCAGUUGAGCGAGCUCAUGAAAUCAUUGCGUUUCACAAGGAUAUUCAGGCUUUGGUGCAAGAAGCUGGAGAUCUCUUGGAAAAACAUUACACUGAACCUGAGGUUGCAGCUAAAGUGAGUCGACUGUUACGGUCCAAACUAACCGAGGGACUGUACCGGUCAGUUGUUGACUAUGAAUCUCUUGCAUCUCAACUCACUGCAGAUCUCCAGGAGACCUCGGGUGACCACAGACUGCACAUUUUCUACUGCGAAAUUGAAUCCCUUCAUGACAUCCCCAAAAUCCCUUCCCCUGAAGAGGUCGGGUUCAUCAUUGAUGCCCUGUUCAAAGUAGAGGUAAUGUCUGGAAAUAUUGGCUAUUUGAGAUUCGACAUGAUGGAAGACAUAAAGGUUGUGCGAGCAAUUGGUCCUCAGCUCAUCAAAGCUGUUUGGAACAAGCUGGUGAACACAGACAUGCUCAUAAUUGACAUGAGGUAUAACACGGGUGGCUAUUCCACGGCUAUUCCACUCAUUUGCACCUACUUUUUUGAUGCACGACCCUUGAAACACCUUUACACUGUUUUUGAUCGCUCCACAACAACUGUGACAGAGGUUAUGACCCUUCCAGAAGUGCUAGGACAGAGGUACGGCUCUCAGAAAGACAUUUAUAUCCUGACAAGUCACAUAACUGGAUCAGCCGCUGAGGCAUUCGCUAGAACAAUGAAAGACCUGAACAGGGCCACUGUAAUUGGAGAGCCCACUAUCGGAGGCGCCCUCUCAAGUGGAACGUACCAAAUUGGGAAUAGCAUCCUAUAUGCUUCCAUUCCCAACCAGGCGGUUUUGAGUGCAGUUACUGGAAAAGCAUGGAGUGUGUCAGGGAUUGAACCACAUAUAGAAGUUCAAGCAAAUGAUGCACUUAAUCUUGCCCAGAAAAUAAUUGGCAAAAAACAACAAAAGAAAAAUUCUGGGAAAUAGAACUAGAGGCUUCGUUAUUCUUUUCGUCUUCUUU